UUGGAAAUAUUCAGUGGAUAUUCUGAAUGUUCCCCGUUUGUUGGAUAUUUCGUCCGAGAUCGUAGCAGCACCAUUGCCAUCACGUUGGAGCGAGACGGAAGCGAAGAUAGAACAAGAGUAUCAAUUAUCAAUAGCAACAAAGGAAUAGCAAGAUGCAAUCUGGUUCAGGCAUUCAAGAGCUCAUGGCGGCUGAGACGAGGGCAUCGCAAAUUGUAGCCGAGGCCCGUAUUGGUCGUGGAGAUCGCAUGAAGCAAGCCAAGAAUGAAGCACAGGAAUUGAUUGAUGCCUACCGAGGCGAGAAGCAAGCAGAAUUCAACAACAUGGUGCUCUCCAAGGGAGGGUCUGAGGGCAGUGCUUCCGCUAAAUUGCAGUCCGAUACUAACAAGGAUAUCCAGGAAAUGCAAGGUGAAUUCCAGAAGAAUGCCCAAAAAGCCGUCGACGUGCUCUUGAGCAAAUGCUGUGAGGUGUCUUUGGAAGUGCCCACCGCCCGUGUGCGCUCCACCCAAAAGCAAUACGGUAUCGUGUCCACCUUUUAGGACGGGAGCUUAUAAUGGCGAAGCAGCAAUCAACAUUUCGUUUGAACCUGCCAGAAUGGUUCAAUCGAGUGAAAAGAAAUGCUGUGCGCAGAGAGAAUGGAGUCCGCAAGUAGAAGUACUGUAGAAGCCUUUUGAGACAAACCCCGCAGCAAUACGGUCGGUUCUUCCUAUUGUUGUGUAUACUUAUUCUUUUAAAAGAGCUAUCCUAAUUUGAUGAUCAAAACUAGCAAUUCCCACUUUGCACUCU